AUUGAUUUGAAAAAUCCAUAUUCAAAUUAGACUUAAAGGGUUCAACACAUUAAACAGGCAUGCUCAAUUUUUGCACACAAAUUAAUUUAAUUUAAUUUUUUCUACUCUCUAAACACUGUUUGUCAUGGUAAAAAUUCUUUCAAAAUUAUUCGUAUCCAAAUUAGACAAAUUAGUUUGUAUAAAAUACUCUUGUUCAUAUCUCGCUUUUUAGUCCCGCUAUUUACGAUAAGAGGACACAUGAUUGGGUAAAUGUUUUUGUCCAACAUAUCUCGUGACCAACUUAUUGUCACCUGUUUUCCAGUUACGUUUUAGUCCACGAUGAAAAGACAAGAUGAAAUUCGCGAGAGCUACAUUCGAGUUUUCAUUCCUGUUUGUGCUUCUAUUUUCUUUAUAUUUGAAUCAGAUGUCCACUGUGUUUACACUGCUUAUGAAUAUGGUCAUAAAACAUUUCAGAAACAACUGUUUCCAAACAUAUCUAAUGCAAGCAGUAGUGAAGAAUCUCUUUGUGAAACCAACACAUCCUCACAGGCUUACAAAGACGAACAAGUUGUGCAACAAGUGGUGGCGAGAUGGGGAGUUUACAUCAACUUGGCACAAGGAGUGCCACUUGUCUUCUCGAGCUUGUUGUUCUCGUCUCUGAGUGAUUCUAUGGGAAGAAAACCGCUUCUGUUCAUCGUAGCCAUUGGUUUCUUUACCAAGCAGCUUUUAAUGACUCUAGCUAUGGUAAUGGAAUGGAAUAUCUACUUGUUUCCUUUUUAUACCUUGAUUGAAGGAGCAAGCGGAAGUUGGAUUACCGAAAAUGCGAUCGCUUAUGCUGUUGUUGCUGAUAUUACGAAUGCAGGAAAACACAGGUCCUUUCUGAUGACUCUCUUAAGCCUUGUUUCAGGAACUGGUUUUUCCGUUGGGACAUUUGUGUCUGGAUAUAUUGUCACUGAAAUUGGCUAUGAGUACUCAAUGGCUAUGUCGUGUGGCAGUGCUGGACUUGCAAUUAUGACGAUAUGUUUUAUUCCAGAGACGGUAUCCAAAACACAAAGAAGGAAAUCGAAUUUUAGCUCUAUUGGCAAUUUAAAAGACAUGAUUCAAUUUUACACAAAAGAUGAUCCCUCAUCUCCGAAUUCCACAAGAUUCAGAUAUUUAACUGCAAUUUUAUCUUUCUAUUUCGCAAUGGGUGCGAAAUUCGGUGCAUUUGCUUUUGAAGUGUUCUAUUUACUUGGCCCUCCAUUUUGUUUUCGUCCAAAGGAAAUAAGCAUAUUUGAGACCGUUAAAACAAGUCUUUCUAAACUUGUUGUUAUACUAGGAAUGAGGCCAAUGCAGAGAUGUCUGAUGGACGAACUCAUAGCUCUGAUUGGUAUUCUUUCAUGCACGGCUAUGUUCGUACUGUUUGGAGUAGCACAAACGGAAACGUUUCUCUAUAUAGCUGUUCCUGUUGGAUGUUUUGUAUCGUGUAUUCCUGCAAUUCUUCGCGCCAUUAUGUCUAAGAUGACACCUCAAGACAAGCAAGGUGUCCUUUUUGGAAGUAUCGCUGUUGCAGAGAACAUAUGUAACCUGUCAAGUAGUGUUAUAGGCGGCGCCAUCUACUCAGAAACUGUGGCUCUCUACCGGGGGACAGCCUAUUUUGUAUUAACUGGAUAUUUGGUCUUGUCAGCUUUUCUUCUGUUGGCUUUCAUAAAGAAUGAUAAAAAGAACCACAACAGAAAAGAUUAUAUAGCUGUAGAAUAAAAAAGAGCCGUAAAAGAUAAAACAACAUGAGGCCCAUGGUCUAUUGUCGACUGUUUAUCUGAGCAACAUUAGCAAUUAAAAUAUCAGCAUUAUGGAGUCAUACAAAAUAUCCAGACAAUGUAGUAGAAUAGAUGCAGUAUAAAAAAAAAUUCUCCAGAUAUUCUUUUGUAACAGGAUGAUUUUAUAAUCAUUAUGAGAUAUCAAAUAUUGAGCAUUGUAGUUUAUAUAAACAUAUAAAACAACAUCAAAAAAUUAAACUCCUUGUGGGGCCCAAAGAAUUGAAAUGGGGCCACAGUUGAAACAAUUGAGUAUCAACAAUAUGUUUUAUUACCUAACCAAAGGGAUUUUGUUGUUUUAUUACAAAUUAGAUAUUUUCGUCUAUUAUGUGUGUGUAUUCAGAUUUAAAAGUGAUCUAUUGAACUGCCGGUCAAUAGACUGCGAUCUAUUAGACCGCCGGUCAAUAGACUGUGAUCUAUUGGACCGCCGGUCAAUAGACUGCGAACUAUUGGACCGGCAACGUAUUUUAGAAAAAGUGAAAUUGCUACAAGAUUAAAAGAUAACUUUAUUUUGUUUAUUUUACUUUUGUUCUUGAAAUUUAUCUUCAUGGUAUGAAAACUUUCUGUAAUUUAUGAUUGUAAAGACAAAAUACUAAAAACGGAAUUAGGUAAUAAAACAAUUAUUUAAUGCCUGAACAGUCAAUAUACCCGAAUUUUUUCCCUUGGUGCAGGGACCAGCUCAGUAUGAUCUCCUGCCCUCGGCCGUUGGCCUCGGGAAAAUAUUCGGGUCUAUCGACUGUUCAAGCAUUAAAACAUUGUAUAAUGAUGCUUGUAUAGGAGAACCAUCUAUUAUACCUUUAAGUUUUUGAGAAUAAUUUGAUUUUUUCUAUGUAAUUUUUCUCUCUAAAUAGUUUAAAAGAUUUCUCUCGAUAUAUUCCUAAAUGUAUGUAAAUAAAUCAUUUUUUUCUUAUCCUGAAUUUAGAUAUCGGAUAAUUUUAC